UAAGGCUGAGCGUUUGCUUGAUUGGGUCGCCCAGAGCGUUGAAUAGUACAGGCUCGAGCUCAUCGGUAGCGAGAGGUGACUCAUUCCUACUCAUCUCUGAUUUAUUAUCCUAAGCGAGCUUUAUAUUUCUUGCUUUUCCUUCCGUUGCUGCGAAGUAUCGAGCUUUGAUCGCCUCCAUCCAUCAGACACCGGGUUCUGCACGAGACAUUGCGACUAAUAAGCCAGCAUGUCGGAUCUAUUUACGGAAAGCAACAGUCUUUUCCCUGGUCCAGACUUUCAGAUCAAACUUCCAACCUUCGAUGCUCUACACAUUAUACACUACAUUCGCCGGUUACACAUCUUCCGCUGUACUUCGACAGACCAGCGCCAUGCGCAAAUCGCCGCAUUGCGGAACGGGCUCCAAGGCCUUGUCAAGCGUGCACCAAUACUGGGCGGAACAGCCGUGCCGGACGGCAUCCGCCACGGCAGACCUGCAGUCACGUUUAUACCCGGACAGGGCAUCGAACUCGUAAUCAAGGACUUGCGGAAGAAGCUACCCAGUUACGAGCAGCUGGAGGCAAAUGGCUUUCAACCGAGCAGCCUUCCAUAUGACCUGUUAAUGCCAGUGGUUAAAGAUGUCAGUAACGAUCAACCGCACCCAGCCUGCAAGGUGCAAUACACAGCAGUUCAGAACGGCACAGUCAUUACAUUCAGCAUGUCACACAGCGUUGGCGAUGGUUCAGCGAGUGAUUAUCUAGUUGGUAUACUCAGGCAGGAGACGAGGCUCGCUCAGGCAGGUUCCUCCCACCCUUUGAAUCCUUCAACAGAAAUUGUGGGCUUGGAUCGCUCCGGUAUGCGGGAUGUGAAGAGUGAUAAGCCGUUUCGAAUAGAAGAUCACCCUGGCUAUGCCGAGCAAGCGUCUGCAUCUGACACUGCAGGCCAGCAAAAUGCAGCGGCUAAACAUCCGUUCGAAGCAGAAUCCUCCGAGCAGCCCAUUGUGCUUCGUCUCUCCGCAGCCAAACUGACCGAGCUGAAAGCGGAAGUCUCACCCUCCCACGGUAGCCGGAUAUCAACUCACGACGCAAUAAUUGCUCUGAUGUGGCGAAGUAUUAUAUUCGUCCGAAGUCGUAGAGCAAAGUCGGUAGCAGAAGAUUUACCGUCGACGACAACCAGCAUCUUCUUUCCCACGGAUGUCCGUAAAUACCUCGGCCUACCUCCGUCUUACAUUGGCAAUGUCACCUACCAGCUCAAGAUCUCCGAGACUCUGGACACCUUACUUUCACCUACAGGACUUCAGCGAGCAGCCGUUGCUGUUCGCCGCGCCGUUAACGCUCGAACUCCGGAGCUCGUCAAGAGCUGCAUGGCCCGCGUGCAGCAGAAUUGGGUCACACCGGCGUUUGAGGCGGAGUGGACCAGGUUCGGCAGCACUGCAGUUGCGACGGGCACUAAUUGGACCAGCGGAGCUAUGUACGACGAAGAUUGGGGCGACGCAUUCGGGCAGCUUGUACGCUUCCGAAACCCAGGCGAGCCUGGUCUCAAUACUGUCAUGCCUAAACUGCCAGAUGGGAGCGCGGAAAUUAUCGUGUCGGUGUUGCCGGAAGAGUUUGAGCUCAUCAAAGGACUGGACUGCUUCGGAAAAUACAUUUGAUGGUGUCGGCAAUGCUACUAUCUAUCCGCGAAUCGGGUGUUGAGUAUCUCAUCUGACAGCGCAAGAAAACAAAAG